AUGUGGGCCCGGAGCGGAGCGCGGGGCGCGCUGCUGCUGGCGCUGCUGCUCUGCUGGGACCUGAGGCUAAGUCAAGCAGGCACUGACUCGGGCAGGGAAGAGCUCCCCGACUCCUUCCCAUCGGCGCCGGCAGAGACGCUGCCCCACUUCCUGCAGGAGCCGCAGGACGCCUACAUCGUGAAGAACAAACCUGUGGAGCUGGGCUGCCGUGCCUUCCCCGCCACGCAGAUCUACUUCAAGUGCAACGGCGAGUGGGUCAGCCAGAGUGACCACGUCACCCAAGAGGGCCUGGACGAGGCCACCGGCCUGCAGGUGCGAGAGGUGCAGAUCGAGGUGUCGCGGCAGCAGGUGGAGGAGCUGUUCGGGCUGGAGGAUUACUGGUGCCAGUGCGUAGCCUGGAGCUCUGCGGGCACCACCAAGAGCCGCCGGGCCUAUGUCCGCAUCGCAUAUCUGCGCAAGAACUUUGAUCAGGAGCCUUUGGGCAAGGAAGUGCCCCUGGACCAUGAAGUUCUCCUGCAGUGCCGCCCACCGGAGGGGGUGCCUGUGGCUGAGGUUGAAUGGCUCAAGAACGAGGACGUCAUCGACCCCACCCAGGACACCAACUUCCUGCUCACCAUCGACCACAACCUCAUCAUCCGCCAGGCCCGCCUGUCGGAUACGGCCAACUACACCUGUGUGGCCAAGAACAUGGUGGCCAAGCGCCGCAGCACCACGGCCACCGUCAUUGUAUACGUGAACGGUGGCUGGUCCAGCUGGGCAGAGUGGUCGCCUUGCUCUAACCGCUGUGGCCGCGGCUGGCAGAAGCGCACGCGGACCUGCACCAACCCUGCCCCCCUCAACGGAGGCGCCUUCUGCGAGGGCCAGGCCUUCCAGAAGACUGCCUGCACCACCGUGUGCCCAGUUGACGGCGGGUGGACUGAGUGGAGCAAGUGGUCGGCCUGUAGCACCGAGUGUGCGCACUGGCGCAGCCGUGAAUGCAUGGCACCCCCGCCCCAGAACGGAGGCCGGGACUGCAGCGGGACCCUGCUCGACUCCAAGAACUGCACUGACGGGCUGUGCGUGCAAAAUAAGAAAACUCUAAGUGACCCCAAAAGCCACCUCCUGGAGACCUCGGGGGACGUGGCGCUGUAUGCAGGCCUUGUGGUGUCCGUCUUCGUGGUGGUGGUUGUCCUUAUAGUGGUGGCGGUGGUAGUGUACCGCCGCAACUGCCGGGACUUUGACACCGACAUCACCGACUCGUCCGCCGCCCUCACCGGCGGCUUCCACCCAGUCAACUUCAAGACUGCAAGGCCCAACAACCCACAGCUCCUGCACCCAUCCGUGCCUCCUGACCUCACUGCCAGCGCCAGCAUCUACCGCGGGCCAAAGUACACCCUGCAGGACUCAGCCGACAAGAUCCCCAUGACCAACUCGCCGCUGCUGGACCCGCUGCCCAACCUCAAGAUCAAGGUCUACAGCUCCGGCACCACCAGCUCUGGGCCAGGCCUGGCAGACGGGGCCGACCUGCUGGGAGUCCUGCCGCCUGGCACGUACCCUGGUGAUUUUGCCCGGGACACCCACUUCCUGCACCUGCGCAGUGCCAGCCUCGGCUCCCAGCAGCUCCUGGGCCUGCCCCGUGACCCGGGGAGCGGUGUCAGUGACACCUUUGGCUGCCUGGGUGGGAGGCUCAGCAUCCCCGGCACAGGGGUCAGCCUGCUGGUGCCCAAUGGAGCCAUCCCCCAGGGCAAGUUCUACGAGAUGUACCUCAUCAUCAACAAGGCAGAAAACACCCUCCCGCUUUCAGAAGGGACCCAGACAGUAUUGAGCCCCGCAGUGACCUGCGGGCCCACAGGCCUCCUGCUAUGCCGCCCCGUCAUCCUCACGGUGCCCCACUGCGCAGAAGUCAGUACUGGCAACUGGAUUUUCCAGCUCAAGACCCAGGCCCACCAGGGCCAUUGGGAGGAAGUGGUGACCCUGGACGAGGAGACCCUGAACACCCCCUGCUACUGCCAGCUGGAGGCCAGGUCCUGCCACAUCCUGCUGGACCAGCUGGGUACCUACGUGUUCACGGGUGAGUCUUACUCCCGCUCAGCAGUCAAGCGGCUCCAGCUGGCCAUCUUUGCCCCAGCCCUCUGCACCUCCCUGGAGUACAGCCUCAGAGUCUACUGCCUGGAGGACACGCCCGUAGCGCUGAAGGAGGUGCUGGAGCUGGAACGGACCCUGGGUGGCUACCUAGUGGAGGAGCCAAAACCCUUGCUGUUUAAGGACAGUUACCAUAACCUGCGCCUCUCCCUCCACGACAUCCCCCAUGCCCACUGGAGGAGCAAGCUGCUGGCCAAGUACCAGGAGAUCCCCUUCUAUCACAUUUGGAGUGGCAGCCAGAAGGCCCUGCACUGCACCUUCACGCUGGAGAGGCACAGCCUGGCCUCCACGGAGCUCACCUGCAAGAUCUGCGUGCGGCAGGUGGAGGGGGAGGGCCAGAUAUUCCAGCUUCAUACCACUCUGGCAGAGACGCCCGCUGGCUCGCUAGACGCCCUCUGCUCUGCGCCCAGCAGUGUGGUCACCACCCAGCUCGGACCCUACGCCUUCAAGAUCCCCCUGUCAAUCCGCCAGAAGAUAUGCAACAGCCUGGAUGCCCCCAACUCACGUGGCAACGACUGGCGGCUGUUGGCACAGAAGCUCUCCAUGGACCGGUACCUGAACUACUUUGCCACCAAAGCAAGCCCCACAGGUGUGAUCCUGGACCUCUGGGAAGCUCUGCAGCAGGACGACGGGGACCUCAACAGCCUGGCGAGUGCCUUGGAGGAGAUGGGCAAGAGCGAGAUGCUGGUGGCCAUGGCCACCGAUGGAGAGUGCUGA